GUUGUCUUCGUAUACUUUGGUGAAGACGGAGAAGGAGAACAGUUCGUUAAAGAAACAAAUAAUAUGUCUAUGAUGGAAAACAAAGGGUUUUUCGCCAUUAUCUUAGCUCUGGUGUCUAUAUCAGGUUCAUAUUCUGCUACAUUUACGUUUACAAACAAUUGCCCAUACACAGUAUGGCCGGGUACAUUGACUGGUAAUGGAGAUCAAUUAUCUAGCACUGGGUUUGAGUUAGCAACAGGGGCAUCAACAUCUUUAGAUGCUCCAGCUGGAUGGUCAGGUCGAUUUUGGGCAAGAACCGAUUGCUUUACCGACUCCUCUGGAAGGUUCACCUGCACAACUGCAGAUUGUGCAUCAGGUCAAGUUGGAUGCAAUGGAGCUGGGGCUAUUCCACCAGCCACUUUACUUGAAUUCACUCUAAACGGUGGUGGUAAUAAUGAUUUUUACGAUAAUAGCCUCGUUGAUGGUUAUAACUUGCCUGCUUCUAUCACUCCACAAGGUGGAUCUGGUGGUUGCAGUUCUACUAGCUGUCCAUUUAGUAUUAAUUCUAUUUGCCCACCCGAGUUAAGUGUUGCGGGUUCUGAUGGCGGUAUAGUUGCUUGUAAGAGUGCUUGUGAAGCAUUACAACAACCUCAAUAUUGUUGCACCGGUGCUUACAGUACUCCUGAGACUUGCCCUCCAACAAAUUACUCGAAGAUCUUUAAAGAUUCUUGUCCUCAAGCUUAUAGUUAUGCAUAUGAUGAUAAAAGUAGUACAUUUACCUGUGCUUCUGGUGGUAAUUACCUCAUUACUUUUUGUCCCUGAAUAGGAAUCUUAGGGUAUGUACUCCCUUGUAAUUGAAUGAAUCAAUAAUAAAAGAAUCAAAUGGUUUGUUAGUUUAGUUAAAAAGGUUA